GAAAGAUUUUGCACGCUGCAUAAAUCCGGGAAAAUAACUUACUAAAACGCGAACAAAUAAGUUGAGAAAAUGUGUCUGUUUUUGCAACUGUUGGUUAGUCUUCUCUUCGUAAGAUCAAGUCUUUGUGCUUCGACAAGUUCAGUCUCAACAUCCACCGCACAGACGACCACCCCUGACCCGUGCGCCGGAAGUCUAUGUCUGAACAACGCCACGUGCGCGGGUAGCUCUUCCGGUUACACGUGCAAGUGUUUGCCAGGCUUCACAGGGGCGCGCUGCGAAAAUGAUGUUGACGAGUGUCUCCAUUCCCCGUGUGAUAACAACGCGCUCUGUCACAACACGUUUGGUGAUUACACGUGCUUCUGUCGGGCCGGGUUCGCCGGCAAAAACUGCUCUGAUCCGGACUUCUGUGCAUCCAAUCCAUGUCAAGGACAAGGUCAAUGUCAUCAUAAUGUGACGUCAUUCUAUUGCGAUUGUUUCCAUGGUUACAGUGGACAAACUUGCCAAAUUGACGUUGACGCAUGUCUGACUUCACCGUGCAAAAAUGGGGCCACGUGUCAGGACCUCGUGGGGGAUUAUACGUGCACGUGCCCGCCGGAGUUUACGGACAAACACUGCCAGACCAAGAUCGACUAUUGCGACCCUUCACCGUGUAGAAAUGGCGGGACAUGUCGUCUGCAAGGCGUUGGUUACGUCUGCGAUUGUCCCGAUGACGUCAUAGGCCUAAAUUGUGAACUCCCUAUUCAACAGAUGUGCGAUGGGGACGAGUCUUUCUGCACGUGCAUGGUUGACGAAGCGCCCAUUCAUGUCCCCGUGCCAGACGCCUUCCGGGACGACGAGAGGGAAAGAUAUCUUCUUACCGGAAUAAUUGCCUAUCCCACCGGACUGGUUCUUGGCGCCAUUCUCUGCACCUUUUUCCACUACCUACUGCGUCCUCGCUGUUGCCCGGCAACCAAACGUCCGUCCUCAGCAGUUUCGGCCCGUUCUGAUUCGUCCCUGAGAGAUCUAACAUUUACUCCACCACCGCGUUACUCAUCUCUCGGUUUUAGAAAAGACACACCUUCGCAGUCUGUGAUUUGA